AUGCAGUACACCAAGAUCCUGGCUGUGGCCUCCCUCUUCAUAUCCAGUGCCUUCGCCGCCCCGUUGGACGUGGAAGCUCGCGCAUGUGCCGCGACUUGUGGAACAGUUUGCUACACCAGCAGUGCCAUCAGCGCCGCCCAGGCAGCGGGAUACAAGCUCUACGCCGCGAGUGAUGAUGUCUCCAGCUACCCCCACGAGUACCACAACUAUGAAGGCUUCGACUUCCCUGUUUCAGGAACCUACUACGAAUUCCCCAUUCUCAGCAGUGGCAAGGUCUAUACUGGUAGCUCUCCUGGUGCGGACCGUGUGAUCUUCAACAGCGGCGAUGAGCUAGCUGGCGUUAUUACUCACACUGGUGCCAGCGGUAACAACUUUGUGGCAUGUACCUAG